AUGGCCAUGGCCUUCCACUUCCACCCGCUGGCCACCACGCGCGUCCACCUAUCCCCCAUCCCGUUCGCCGCCGCCGCGGGGGCGCCCUCCCCCUCCCCCUCCUCCUCCGUCGCCAUCGCGGCGCACAACCACCACCACCACGGCCGCCGCCGCUUCAACGCCAUCGUGGCCACGGCGGCCGCGCCCUCGGCGGCGGCGACCACGGAGUUCGACUUCAAGGCGUACAUGGGGGAGCGCGCGGUCGCGGUGAACCGGGCGCUGGACGCGGCCAUCCCCGCCGGGGAGCCCCCCGCGGCGCUGCACGACGCGAUGCGGUACGCGCUGCUGGCGGGCGGGAAGCGCGUGCGCCCCGCGCUGUGCCUGGCCGCGUGCGCUGUGGUGGGCGGGCCGGAGGCCUGGGCGAUGCCCGCCGCGGCGGCCGUCGAGAUGGUGCACACCAUGUCGCUCGUCCACGACGACCUCCCCUGCAUGGACGACGACGACCUCCGCCGCGGCAAGCCCACCUGCCACGUCGUCUACGGCGAGCCCAUCGCGGUCCUCGCCGGGGACGCGCUGCUCUCGCUCUCCUUCCACCACAUGGCCAGCGUCGGGUCCUACCCUCCAGACGUAGACCCGGAGAAGCACCCCGCCCGCGUCGUCCGAGCCAUUGGCGAGCUCGCGCGCUGCAUCGGAUCGGAGGGACUCGUCGCCGGCCAGGUUGUCGAUCUUGAGAUGACGGGCACAUCUGAACCUGUGCCCCUUGAACGCCUUGAGUACAUCCAUCUCCACAAGACCGCUGCAUUGCUCGAGGCCUCAGUGGUGAUUGGGGCAAUCAUCGGAGGCGGCACGGAUGAGCAAAUUGAGCGGCUGCGGAAAUAUGCGAGGUCAAUCGGGCUGUUGUUCCAGGUGGUCGAUGACAUACUUGAUGUCACCAAGUCAUCAGAGGAGCUCGGCAAGACGGCGGGGAAGGACUUGGCAAGUGACAAGACGACGUACCUAAAGCUAUUGGGGUUAGACAAGUCACGCGAGUUUGCAGAAAAGUUGCUUUCUGAUGCAAUAGAGCAGCUUGAUUGUUUCGACAAGGAGAAGGCAGCACCUCUGUUGCAUUUGGCCAACUAUAUCGCCCAUAGGCAGAACUGA